AUGAGGGAAGUUCUUUCUUUGCAUGUUGGACAAGCGGGCAUCCAGAUUGGUAAUGCUUGCUGGGAGCUCUAUCUCCAGGAGCAUGGCCUGACCCCCGACGGUCACAUGAAGUCGGAAAGCAAAACCAAGAACGACGAUGGGUUCUCUACCUUUUUCAGUGAGACGGGCCGUGGAAAAUAUGUGCCGCGCAGCAUCUAUGUUGACCUGGAACCUAACGUGAUCGACGAUGUGCGCAGCGGUCCUUUGCGCGGCCUGUUCCACCCCGAGACGCUCAUUUCCGGCAAGGAGGAUGCGGCUAACAAUUACGCGCGUGGCCACUACACGGUCGGCAAAGAGCUUAUUGAUGAGACGAUGGAUCGUGUGCGCAAGCUUGCGGACGCCGCGUCCGGUUUGCAGGGCUUUUUUGUGUUCCACUCCUUUGGCGGUGGUACAGGCUCUGGUUUUGGUUCCUUGCUUCUCGAGCGCCUUGCGCAGGACUAUGGAAAAAAGUCUAAGCUGGAAUUCUCCGUGUACCCCGCGCCGAUGAUGAGCAGCUCUGUUGUGGAGCCGUACAACUCGGUACUGACUACGCACACCACGCUGGAGAACUCGGACUGUUCGUUCAUGGUGGAUAAUGAGGCAAUCUACGAUAUCUGCAAACGCAACCUUGGUAUCAGUGCACCGAGCUUUACGAACCUGAACCGGCUCAUUGCACAGGUCGUCUCUUCCAUUACCGCAUCGCUCCGCUUCGAUGGCUCGCUGAACGUGGACCUGAACGAGUUCCAGACGAAUCUUGUGCCGUACCCCCGUAUCCACUUCCCUCUCGCCACAUACGCACCUAUUAUUUCUUCUGACAAGGCGUUCCACGAGCAGAACAGCGUUGCAGAGAUGACUACCUCGAGCUUCGAGAAAGGGAACCAGAUGGUCAAGUGCGACCCGCGCGACGGCAAGUUUAUGGCCUGCUGUCUCUUGUACCGCGGUGACGUUGUACCGAAGGAUGUCAACUCCGCCGUGAGCCUGAUCAAGACGAAGCGCUCAAUCCAGUUUGUCGACUGGUGCCCCACCGGCUUCAAGAUCGGUAUUUGCAACGAGCCGCCCGCGCUCGUGCCUGGUGGUGACUUGGCCAAGGUAUCUAGGGCACUCUGCAUGCUUGCCAACACUACUGCCAUCUCUACCGCUUGGAGUCGCUUAGACCGCAAGUUUGAUCUGUUGUACUCGAAGCGUGCCUUUGUGCAUUGGUACGUCGGCGAGGGUAUGGAAGAAGGCGAAUUUAGCGAGGCGCGUGAAGAUUUGGCUGCGCUCGAGAAGGACUAUGAAGAGGUCGGUAUGGACACUGCCCUCGGCGACGAGGACGGCCUGGACGCCGAAGAGUAUUGA